AGCUAUUGCCUUAUGCUGUGGCAGUGCAAAGGAAGUUAGACAAGUAUAAUAUAGUCCUAUUAUUAUUUAUGAGUUGUGAUUACCAUUGAUAGUUUUGACUCGAGUAAUAAAAUUGAGUAGUACACAUUAUUGCAGUACACACUAUAGAUUAUUGUCUACACAGUAUUGUACUACACCGUCUACACGACGUCUUAUAAUUGCACUCUCGUGAGUAUGACCGGUACGGCGGUACAUGUCAGGUCCUCAGAUGCGUUUCGUAAUCGAUGGUCUUUAAAACGAGACAGGUAGGCAACGAGUCAGUCGAGUCUUCGCGUGAAAGUUGUUAUCGUGUUCCCAUCAAUCUUAGUAUUUACUAAUUUUCGAAUAAUUCGUACAAAAUAUUUGCGAGUAUUAAGGUUUUAUUGAUCGGGGGAAUCGCAUUCGGAGUAAUCUUUUAUGAGAAACAAAUUGUAGUUUGAAUAAACGAGUGUCAAAAUGUUUAUAAUGAGGCGUAGAAUAAAACUAAAUUAUCAACGAAAAUUGAAGUGUUCAAAUACAAGUAAUAACGAGAUUACAAUGAAUACGUGCUCUGAUAUAUUAAAAGACUUUGAAUCCGGACCACUAGAUGUUUAUAGAAAACAGGCUACAAUCAACUGGAAAAAAAUGCGGGUUUUCAUAGAAUCUGAAGAGUCUUUACGAUAUAAGAUGAGAGCUUGGAAAACGUUUGAAUCUGAUCCACUAUUCCAACAUUCUAAUGAAACAUUACCAUUAGAUGAACAACGAAGAUUAGCAUUAUUGAGAAUGUAUAAAAUUGUAGAAUCAAAAGUAUUUCCAUUUGAGGAAAUAAUGGCCAGUCCCAGACUGGCUUUGGCAAAAAUAGUGGCAAUGUUUCAGUAUUGUCCAUCUGUUGCAAUAAAAGUAGGAUUAACUUUUGACAUGUUCUCUAAUGUCAUAUUUAGUAUGGACAACGGAAGAAAUUCUAGUCUGUAUGAAAAUGCUCAGGAAGGAAAAAUUCCUGGUUGCUUUGCACUUACAGAAAUUUCGCAUGGUACUAAUACUAAAGAAAUGAGAACUACAGCUUUUUAUGACAAUAAUUUAAAACAGUUUAUUUUACAUACUCCUGAUUUUGAAGCAGCAAAAUGUUGGGUUGGUAGCUUAGGAAAAUCAAGUACACAUGCAAUAAUAUGGGCCAAAUUAAUCAUGAGUAAUGGAGAUGAUCAUGGAUUACAUGCAUUUGUAGUUAAUAUACGAGAUCCAAAAACUAUGUUACCUUAUUCUGGAGUCAUAGUAGGUGACUUAGGAGAAAAAGCUAGUUUGAAUGGCGUUGAUAAUGGAUUUAUAAUGUUCGACAAGUUUUGUAUACCAAAAGAAAGUUUACUGAGUAAAACUGGAGACAUAAAUGAAGAUGGAAAAUAUGUUUCACCAUUUAAGGAUAAAUCAAAACGAUUGGGAGCUUCUUUAGGCAGCCUAUCAGUUGGACGAUUAAGUAUUGUUAAUAUAUGUGUAGCAUACAUCACAAAAGCUGUUCCAAUAGCUAUAAGAUAUACAGGUGUUAGGAAACAGUUUGGACCUCCUAAUGGUGAUGAGUUACCAGUCUUAGAGUAUCAAUUAGUACAAUGUAGAUUGAUUCCAAAUUUGGCUGCUGCAUAUGCAUUAAAAAUCUAUGGUGAUUACGUGGCUAAUGUAUAUGAAUCAUUUUUAAUUGAGAUGUUUACCAACAGUGGUUCAGAAAAACUUAGAUUGCUUGGCAUAGAAAUACAUGCAAUAUCUAGUUGUGCUAAACCUAUUGCUGCGUGGACUACUCGAGAUGCAAUACAAGAGUGUAGAGAAGCAUGCGGUGGUCACGGUUAUUUAAAAGCUGCUGGUCUUAGUGAACUGCGUAAUGCAAAUGAUGCUAAUUGCACAUAUGAAGGUGAUAAUAAUGUAUUAUUACAACAAACAAGUAAUUGGCUAUUAAAUAUCUGGACAAAUUUGCUGAAUGGAAAUAAAAGCUGUUGUGAUACUCCAUUGGGUUCUAUAGAGUUUCUUAAAGAUGCCAAAGCUAUACUAAACGAAAAAUUUAAAUUAUCUAGAGUAGAUGAAGUAUUCACUCAUAUGCAUUUACUAUCCUGUUUUCAAUGGAUGAUAUGUUAUCUAUUACGUCAGACAUAUGCACAAUUGCAACUAUUAAAAGAUCAAAAAAAAGAUUUAUUCACAGCGAAAAAUGAUUCCCAGAUGUUCUUUGCUAGAGAUCUGUCAAUAGUAUUUGCAGAAUACUUAAUUUUAAAAAAGUUUAUUGAAACAACAUCAUCUCCAAAUUUAGAUGAUGCCCAUAAAGUAGUAUUACAUAAACUUGCUUCACUUUAUGGAUUUUGGCUAGUUGAAAAACAUUUGUCAAUUAUGUAUGAAGGUGGCUAUGCUAAUGGGCCAUUAGCAUCAGUAAUAGUUAAAGGAUCCAUAAUAGAUUUAUGUUCAAGUCUUAAAAAUGAAGCAGUGACACUCGCUGAUGCCAUAGUACCUCCAGAUUUUAUACUUAAUUCAGUGCUGGCUGCUUCAAAUGGACGGGUCUAUGAUAAUUUGAAGAAUUUAUUAUUUGAAGAUAAAUCGACAUUUGAAAGACCUACUUGGUGGACAGAGAUAGCAGUACGAUCGAAAUUAUAAAAUUAAGGAUAUUAUGAAGCAGUUAUAUAUUUUAAUUAUCAGAUUUGUGAAACCUACUAGUUUUUUUUCCAUGUUAAAGGUUCUUUUCAUUAUAGUUAAGUAUUAUUGUUUUUAUCUAUAUUUUUGUUUUAAAUAAUGGUUUUUAUUUAUACUUUU